GUGGUGUCUAUGGAGAACACAAACAAUGCGACAGAGUUCAUCCUGCACGGACAGACACAGGAGAGGACAGUAGCAAAUCUGUGCUUCUUGGUAUUUCUAGUCUUUUAUGCAGCUAUCAUUUGGGGAAACCCGCGCAUCAUCAUCACUCUAAGGACAAGCGAACAGCUGAACUCUCCCAUAGACUUAUUCCUGAGCUGUUUGUCUUUCAUAGACAUCAGUUACUCUGCUGUCUCAGCUCCCAAACUAAUUCAUGACCUUCGCAUGGGGAAGAAGACUAUCUCCUUUGUGGGCUGCAUAGCUCAGCUGUUCGAGAGCCAUUUCUUCAGGUGCACUGAGAUCUUCCUUCUCAUCAUGAUGAUGUCGGACAGCUGCAUUGCCAUCUGCAAAUCACUGCAUGACAGGAGUAUCAUGAGCAGACGUGUCCGUGGCUGCCUCGUUAUAGCCUUGUGGCUGUGGGGCCUUGUGCACUCCACAGUGCAGACACUGCUGGUUCUCCAGCUGCCCUUUUGUGGGCCCAGUGGGAUUGAUCACUGUUUCUAUGAGGUUCACUCCUUGCUGGAGCUGGCCU